ACCUCCUCCAGCUCCUCCAGAGCCUCCUCCACCUCCUCCAGUUCAGCAGCAUAAUGUCUGUGCCUUUCACCCAACAGGGCUUCAGCUCCAGCUCCCUGGGAGGCUGGAUGCUGGACUCCCCCUGCAUUGUUCCUCAGAGAUACUCACACAGCAUGUAUGGAGGAGCCGGCUGCUUCAGGACGCGCAUCUCCCAGGGGUUAUACUUCAACUCCUCGUGCUCUGCAGGCGGCGACUGGCCCGCGUCUAAUGGAGGCAAGUUCACCAUGCAGAACCUCAACGACCGUCUGGCCUGCUACCUGGAGAAGGUGCGCUCUCUGGAGAACAAGAACAGGGAGCUGCAGCUUAACAUUGAUGAGUUUCGUGUGAAGACCACAUACAUCACCAAAGACUAUGCAAACUACUUUUCCAUCAUCAGUGACCUGAAAAAAAAGAUUACAAGGAGCUGUUCAGAGAACCAGAACUUGCUACUGCAGAUUGAAAGCUCCAGACUGGCAGCUGAAGACUUCAAAAUGAAGUCUGAGAUGGAGAUAAACAUGAGGACGACGGUGGAGGCCGACUUGCUUGAUGUGCGGAGGUUCCGAGAUGGGCUGACCCUCACCAUGAGCUCCCUGGAGUUGACCCUGGAGGGGCUGAAUGAGGAGCGGAUCCCCAUGGACAGAGAACACGACGAGGAGAUGGAGGAACGGCGACGGCGGGGCGCCGGGGAAGUGAAGGUGGAGGUGGACGACUCUGGCUCCUGCGACCUGGAGAAGGUCCUGGCGGAGAUGAGGGAGCAGUACGAAAUCAUGAUAAAGAACAACAAGAAGGAGAUCGAGAAGUGGUACCAGAAGAACAUAAAAGCUCUUGAAGAAAAAAUCCGCAUCUUCACGACGGAGGUGGAGACGCACCGCUCUGAGAUCUCGGUGCUGAAGAGGAGCUACCAGUCUCUGGAGAUAACCCGCCAGUCUCUGUGCACCGAGAUUGAGUGCUGGCAGCAGAACAUCUGUGCGGUGAACAAGCAGACUUCUGCUCAGCUCAGCUGCCAUCAGUCGGUCAUCACCGCUCUGGAGACGAAGCUGCAGCAGAUGAAGGCGUGUAUAACCGAGCACCGGAUCAAGCACGACACGGUGCUGGAGCUAAAGACCAGGCUGGAGGGCGAGAUCGCCGAGUACAGGAGGCUGCUGGAAGGAGAGGGAUGUGAACAUAAGGCUCUGGUCAUCAAGCAAGUGACAGAGGAAGUUGCAGAGCAAAAACCCCACAUCGAGAAGAGAGUGAAGAUCAUCGUGGAGGAACUUGUUGAUGGCCAAGUUGUGUCCUCCUCUGUUGACAUUCAAGUGCAUGAUGUUGAGUAGUACGCCUGCCUGCCUCCUCUAAAACCUGCUGACUUAGUGAUUUACCUGUGAUUUUUUGCUGGCCACAGGUUCUUUUUGGUGUUUUGGAUUUGUCAUGAUAUAUGCAGCAAACUUGAUGUAUGUGCUGGUCUUUAUGCUCUGCUUUUGGAAAAAUGGGAACCUAAAAAUAAUAAGCGACUUCAAAAAUCCAGUUGUGAACAAACAGAAUGUGAAUCUGGGAUCAAAUAAAUGUCCAUCAUUUUGAUCAUA